UGGACAACAACAAAUCUGGGGAGAACGUGGUUCUAGAUUUGCUGCCUCACAUAGGACGCUGGGUGUAUUUUCAUCUGCUCUGUAACCAUUGACUCAGGGAACCCUGGACUUCUUCGCGGAUUUGCACCAACAGAACUUCCUCUUUAUCUUCCUUUACUCAAGUAGCAUUUAAGAAUCGGACGACAACCCAGAAACGAAGGAAAGAGACUUUUGCUUAGAGGUGAGGAUCAUGAUCUCCCUCCUGAUUCUCCUGUUCCUAAGAGAAGUUACAGGUGCCACUUUCUUCCACCAGUAUGAAAGUGAACAUCAGAUUCAGAUCUUCAAUGAAUCCGCUGGGGAAAGCAACACUGCCUGGUGGUUUGGACAGGACAAUUCCCUGCAAAGAUUUGAACAGAGCUGCUGCAGUAAAGAUGGGGAUCUCCAUGAUGACUUUGGCUGUGAAGAAUGCCACAACAAAUUCCACCUUGACAAUUUCCAGAAUGGUGGAAUGUUUGCGUGCAAAACCCUGACGGGGCUCUCGACACCGAAAAAGGAAACCCCAGUAUUUACUUCGGAAGAGGACUGCGAGGAAUUCAAUUUCUUUAUUGUAGCAAUAAUAAACAGCACAGCAGAGCAGAGUUCUAAAAAUACGGGUGUGCAAUCGGAGGAGAAAGUGUCCAAUGAGGAAAAAGAAAAUUUUAAUCUUUCCUGUAAAUUUGAACUGGGAGCAAAAACUUCAGAGUUUGUUGUAUAUUGGUUUAAGGAAACAGAACCAACCACCUGCCUCUUUUCGGUUACCAACGAAGGCCAGCACAGCUUGGACAACUUCGACAAUGAUAUCAACUGCUGUAUUGAUCCUGCAUUCAAAGAAAGACGAAUCAACUUCUCCACAACUUUAGAUUCAGAACAUCGACACCAGAGUCACACGGUUACCAUCACCCACAGCACCGCGUCUGACAGUGGAAUCUACUUCUGUGUGGUGGCCGCUUAUAAUAAAAAAUACAGGUGGACGAUUGAAAGCAGAAUAUCUGUGACCAUCAGGCAAUCAUCACCACUAAGCUCAAAAAUCAAGCUGAAGAUUUCCCUAGCAGUGACAGCAGCCAUGUGUUUGGUUGUUGGGAUAAUAUUGUUCCUGUGCUGGAAGAAAAAUGCAAAAGGAAAGCCAUUGGAAUGUCAGCAAAGGGACCAGACUACAGUUGCUCCAGAAGAUUGCUCUCCAUAUGCUGUUUCCAGCCACAAAGACCUGGAUGGAAGCAUAACCGUGUAUUCGCUAGCCACAAGUCCUGGAGAAGCACCAUUUGCAGCAUGUUCCUUACCAGAAGGUAGCCCAUCUCCUGGUGUGCGGCACGGGGAUGACGUGCAAGCACUUUAUGCUAGAGUUUUGAAGGACUAAACCCAUCCCCACUUGGCCUCCGAUGGGGAUGCCCCACACAGGAAAGCUGAAAGAUCUGACUUUGCCCACUGAAACUUCCCUUUACUGAGUAGGAGAAAAGGACAAUUCUCCAAAACUGCAGCUGAAGGCAAGGAGACUUCUUUGCAGGACUGCAGAUCCUAGGCAAAGGCAGGUGGAGAUGGAGACAGAGGGCUGGAGCCAGGAGGCCUUUGAAUUCAUGGGUUCCUGGCCAUCUGGCCAUCUCUUUUCUUGCCACUUCUGCUUCCCUGUGAGCUCUUUCGUUUUAUUUUUCAUCUGUAAGUUUUGCACCUGUUCCAUUGCAAAAAAUCACACCUGCUGCUUGGAACAUUGGCCGCCAGCUGUCCUUGAGCACGUCCUAAACCUCUUAAAGGAAUAGUUGCCUGAUUGGAAACCCUUGAUGGUCUUUUUGCUGAAAAUGGAUAAAAAGGAACGGAUGAUUUCAGGACCGAUUGAUUAAAAAGGUUUGAUUAUGGGAAGAAGGGAGCCAAGAUAUGUCAUCUGGGAAGGUGGACAUGGUGAUGAUCG